CAUUCGGAGUGACAAGAUGCAUAAAUUUGUCAGUUCAUUGUUUGGCUUUUCUGCUGUGGUCAUCUUCAUUUUACAGCUACAUGUUAAUGGAGUAUGUGCAAGACAUAUUACUUUUAAGCAACCAAGAGAUGUAGAAAAGGGAAUUGAUGUUGUGAUCACACUACUUCCACCUGAAGAUUCGUCAAGAACUCAAGUGAUCCGUAGCAACCCAACAUGUGUUAGAAUGAGUGGAUCACCUCAUGACAAAGCAACGCCUCGUUUCAGUAUCAAAGCAAAUAAUGGUGAUGAUUUAACCGAACGAUGGGAACUUGCUUAUGAACAUCCUACAAGUUUUCACAAGUGUACCACAGAG